ACAAAUGCAAUGAAUAUCAGAGCAUGCAAAGAUCAUUAACCACACUAACAGCGAUGCAAAUAACAUUUUAACAAAAACAAAAUAAACACAUAAUAUGCACUGAUGCACAGUGCAUUAACCGGCCGACCGAUAUUUUAUAAAUUAUUUUUAUGCGUACAUAUUUCGCUGCACAAGUAUCUUCCGUGAUGGAAACAUUUCUCGGGAGGAAUGUAGUGUAUACGGCUGCUGGAUUAUCGGCGGUUGUAGGAACAAGCAUUUACUUAUUGAAGAGAUUAAAAAGCAUGGAUGUAGUACAAAAAGAAAGAGUUUGUGUCAUAGAUUACCCCGAAAAUGUUGUUAUUGUACAUACAUUCGGCAGAGGAAAGAAAGGCCCAGAUAUAAGCCAUUUUGUUGUGAAGCUAGAGACGUACCUGAGAGUAAACAAGAUACCGUAUCAGUGUGACUUCACUGCGAACAACCAUUUGCUUGGUCCAAAGAAAAAAUCUCCUUGGAUCGAGUACAACGGAACAACAAUGGGUGAUUCCCAGCUGAUUAUCGAAUUCCUUAACAAAGAAUUCAAGGUGGACAUGAACAGUGAUCUCACCAAACAGGAGAAAGCCCUUGCCUGGGCAAUACAGAAAUGGAUAGAGGAGUUAAAUGUACACACAAGAUGGGUUCUUUUGUGUGACGAAAUGUAUCAAGAGGGCUUUUCACCUUUUCCUAUGGAGCAGAAGUCCUUUCUUAACAAGCGGUUCAGUGGAAUGACUUACGCUGUUGGAAUCGGCCGCCACAGUAAGAGCGAAGUACAGGACAUGAUAGUGGACAACUUACGACAUUUUUCAGACAUUUUAGGUGAUAACGAAUAUAUUAUGGGUGACAAAAUGACUGUCGUAGAUUGUGCUGCUUUUGGAAUUCUUUCACAAAUGAGAUGGCAGACACCAUCCGCUUGCCCGGGGACAAAUCUCUUUCAAGGAGGGGAAAUAUCUAAUGUAAAUCAUUAUCUGGACAGAAUCAGAGACCAAUAUUGGCCGGACUUUGACUCACCAAUACAUUAGGUGCUGCACAGCAACUACAGGAUUUGGAUACAUCACUAUUGGUGGUGAAGGAGUACCCUAUCUACGUUUCUGGGUAGUAGGUACGGAUGGGUACCUGGAUAGAAUCACCAGUCUUCCGAAGGCAAGAUGUCUGGUUUCUUCACAUGAAAGAAUUCUAAUUCCCAUGUGCGGUCUCGAACUCACGGUGGUGAAAAUCAAGUGAUCCAAAAACAGUGACUUUAGCCAUUUAACCACGGAGAAACCUGCUGUGUAAUUUCACUUAUUUAAUCUUGAAAAUCUGCAACAUAAAAGAGUUUCUUUUGAUAACUUGCGCAGUUGCAUAUUGCGGGCUCUGUCCUCAAAUGAAAUGUGUCAUGAUAAUUUACUGUUGUUGACUCAUUGCUCAUUCAGUCUAUUCGCAACUUGCGCAUGUCAAACAUAAGAAAGUGUCUCUUAACUUCUUGUUCAGUGACAUACCGCUUUGUGUUUGAUUCACUUAAUUAUAGUUCUCUUAUUUGUUUCGCGUUAUUGCUUUAUUGCCUGCUCAUUUGCUAAGCAGCCAAGAAUUUUUGACAAGAUGGCUUUACUCAUGACUCACUCGUAACAAGUGUUUAUCUCAUGUUUUGCCGAGUGUUGGGUCGAACCUCAGUUACUCGUCACCAUAUCAGCAUAUAUUUAUGCAGGUUACUUUUUCAUUUUUAUUCUUGUUUAACAAUGAUGGUGGAUACGGAUGACAAAUAUGUGCUCCGGAUGCUGUUUGACUUACGUAUUUUUUUUCGAAAUAAAAGUGAUAUAAUAAAUUAAAUAUGAAUAAAGUAAUAUAAAUAAAAAAGACAUUUAAAAUAAACUAUAUGAAUAAGUCCAUCAGAUGAUAAAGAUAAAAAUAUAUACAAAAUGCGAAAAGGGACUAAGGACGCUAACAAAUGGAUUUCACUAAAGGUAAUAAAUGACCUUUUGAUAUAGAAAAAGAAUCUCAAUAAGACUGGAACCAACAUGGACCAGUUUGAUCUUUUCGAUGUAAUUUCCUGCUGUAAUUGUCCACAUUAAUUCCUUUUUUGUUCUUCAGCUAAGCAAUAUUUUAUUGUCGAUCUUAAGUAAUAUAAAAAUGUGUAUUUUAAACUUCAUCGAAUAAAAAGCAACGUAGC